CACCACCCCCGCCAUUUUCCCUACUUUCAGAUUGUCUGACGGAUGGAGUGACGGCGGGCCGCUGGAGCAUCCCGCACCCAGCCUGCCCAUCACGUCUCCCACUCUUUUCUGAUUGACGCACCACUGUGUUUGCGCUCGGCCCACCCAGUGCUGCUGCUGAAGCUGCGGCGGAUCCCCCUCUCUUUCUCCGGCGGAUUCUCCAUGUAUGGAUGCGCUAAGGGAAGAGAUGCUGUAGAUUGACCAAAGACAGAGAGAGAGAGCCCAGAGAUACAGGCUGGUGAGGGGAUUCAAGAAAAAGGCACCGGAGGAUCCCGGCGCUGUUUUUAAUGGGCAGGGGAUUCACCCUCUGCGGUCGUCGAUUCUGAGUUUCUGAGGUGCCAGGUGUGUGUUUGUGUACAGGUCUCCAGCUCUUCCACUCACUCACACCUGCGUCAUGGCGGGGGCUUCGGUAAAGGUGGCCGUGAGGGUCCGACCCUUCAACUCCAGAGAGGUUGGAAAGGAGAGUAAAUGCAUCAUUCAGAUGUCAGGAAACACUACAACAAUCCUCAACCCCAAGCAGCCAAAAGAAACUAAGAGCUUCAACUUUGACUUUUCCUACUGGUCACACACCACGCCUGAGGACAUCAACUAUGCAUCUCAGAUGCAGGUGUACAAGGACAUCGGAGAGGAGAUGCUGCUUCACGCCUUUGAAGGCUACAACGUGUGCAUAUUUGCAUAUGGCCAGACAGGAGCCGGCAAAAGCUACACUAUGAUGGGACGUCAGGAGAAGGACCAGCAAGGAAUCAUACCUCUGAUGUGUGAGGACCUUUUCACCAAGAUCAAUGACAGCAAUAAUGACAACAGCAGGUCUUACUCUGUGGAGGUGAGUUACAUGGAGAUCUACUGCGAGCGCGUGCGUGACCUGCUGAAUCCCAAAAACAAAGGAAACCUGCGUGUCAGAGAGCACCCUCUGAUGGGACCCUAUGUCGAGGAUCUGUCCAAACUUGCCGUCACCUCCUACAACGACAUCCAGGACCUAAUGGACUCUGGAAACAAGGCUAGGACUGUGGCUGCUACCAACAUGAACGAGACCAGCAGCCGCUCUCACGCCGUCUUUAACAUCAUCUUCACACAGAAGAAACACGACAUGGAGACAGACAACACAUCAGAAAAGGUCAGUAAGAUCAGUCUGGUGGACUUAGCUGGGAGCGAACGAGCCGACUCAACUGGAGCUAAAGGAACUAGACUGAAGGAAGGAGCAAACAUCAACAAAUCUUUAACUACUCUGGGAAAAGUUAUUUCUGCUCUAGCUGAACUGGACUCAGCACCCAACAAGAACAAGAAAAAGAAGAAGGUGGAGAGUUUCAUUCCCUAUAGAGACUCAGUUCUGACAUGGCUGCUGAGGGAGAACUUGGGAGGAAACUCCCGCACAGCCAUGGUGGCUGCCCUUAGCCCUGCUGAUAUUAACUAUGAUGAAACCCUCAGUACCCUACGGUAUGCUGAUCGUGCCAAACAGAUUCGCUGUAACGCUGUGAUAAACGAGGACCCCAACAACCGUCUGGUGCGUGAGCUGAAGGAGGAGGUGGCGCGCCUCAAGGACCUGCUGUAUGCACAGGGCCUGGGAGACAUCAUAGAGAACCUGUGCGAUUACAAGAACUUUGUGAAUAAUCGCCAGGCUGUCAAUCAAAGGGGUGAUCUCUCCACAGUGACCAAUGCCAUGACAGGAAUGAGCCCCUCCCCCUCGCUUUCGGCAUUGUCCAGUCGUGCCGCGUCCAUCAGCAACCUCCAUGAUCGCAUCUUCAGCCCGGCCAGCGAAGAGACCAUCGAGAGGCUCAAGGAAACUGAGAAAAUCAUCGCUGAGCUCAAUGAAACCUGGGAGGAGAAGCUGCGUCGUACUGAGGCAAUUCGCAUGGAAAGAGAGGCCCUGCUUGCUGAGAUGGGUGUUGCCAUGAGAGAAGAUGGAGGCACUGUGGGCGUCUUCUCCCCGAAAAAGACGCCUCAUCUGGUGAACCUGAACGAGGACCCACUGAUGUCUGAGUGCCUGUUGUAUUACAUUAAGGAUGGGCUCACCAAAGUGGGCCGUGAAAAUGCCAAGACUCGCCAAGACAUUGUUCUUAGCAGCCAUUUUAUCAAAGACGAACACUGCACCUUCAGCAGCACCACAGGACCUCAGGGAGAAGGAUGUGUCAUACUUGAGCCAUGUGAGGGGGCAGAGACAUAUGUCAAUGGAAAGAGAGUGACCUCACCCACUGUUCUGCGGUCUGGGAAUCGCAUCAUUAUGGGCAAGAGCCACGUGUUUCGCUUCAACGACCCAGAGCAGGCUCGUCUGGAGCGAGAGCGGACGCCGUGCUCUGAGACGCCGGUGGAGCCCGUCGACUGGGCCUUUGCUCAGAGAGAGCUGCUGGAGAAACAAGGCAUCGACAUGAAGCAGGAGAUGGAGCAGAGGCUUCAGGAACUUGAGGAUCAGUAUCGCAAAGAAAGAGAAGAAGCCAGUAAUCUGCUUGAACAGCAAAGGCUGGACUAUGAGAGUAAACUGGAGGCUCUUCGGAAACAAGUGGACUCUCGAUACCUGGAAUCACCUGAGGAAGAAGAUGAUCCCGAAGAGGAAGUGGCGUGGACGAAGCACGAGACCGAGCUGGCUCUGUGGGCUUUCAGAAAGUGGCGUUUCUACCAGUUCACAUCUCUCAGGGAUCUCCUCUGGGGCAACGCCAUCUUCCUCAAGGAGGCCAAUGCUAUCAGUGUGGAGCUGAAGAAGAAGGUGCAGUUCCAGUUUGUCCUGUUGACAGACACUCUUUACUCUCCGCUGCCACCUGACCUGCUGCCUCCCAGCGUGGCCACAGAGAGGGAAAGACGACCUUUCCCUCGAACCAUCGUAGCCGUUGAAGUACAGGAUCAGAAGAAUGGAGCCACACAUUACUGGACUCUGGAGAAACUCAGGCAGAGGCUGGACCUGAUGAGAGAAAUGUACGACCGUGCUGCAGAGCUCCCCAGCAGUGCUGUGGAGGACUGUGACCACGCCCUGACCGGAGGCGACCCCUUCUACGAUCGCUUCCCCUGGUUCCGUCUGGUCGGCAGGGCUUUUGUGUACCUGAGCAACCUGCUGUAUCCGGUGCCCCUGGUACAUCGUGUGGCCAUCGUCAGUGAGAAAGGAGAGGUGAAGGGCUUCCUCAGAGUAGCUGUGCAGGCCAUUUCAGCUGACGAGGAGGCUCCUGAUUAUGGCUCUGGUGUGAGGCAGUCAGGCACUGCCAAGAUUUCCUUUGAAGACAAACAGUUUGAGAAGUUCCAGACUGAGUCAUGUCCUGGUGGUCUGUCCCACUCCAACACCUCCCAGGAGGAGCUGCGAAUUGUGGAGGGAGAGGGACAAAAUGCGGAGAUAGGAAUCUCUGCAGAUGAAGUCAACAACAACACCUGUGCAGCCGUGUUGGAGGCCCCUCACAGUCCAGUGAAGAGUUUGGGCCUGGAUCUUCCUCUGGACCUGUCUCCGGAGAAAGCGCUGUCUCACCUGAAGAUUGGCAGCACCUUCACCUUCAGAGUCACCGUCUUACAGGCCUCCAGCAUCUCAGCCGAGUACGCCGACAUUUUCUGCCAGUUCAAUUUCAUCCACCGUCAUGAUGAAGCUUUCUCCACCGAGCCGCUGAAGAACACGGGGAGGGGACCUCCGCUCGGCUUCUAUCAUGUGCAAAAUAUCACAGUAGAGGUGACCAAAUCCUUCGUGGAGUACAUAAAGACUCAGCCCAUCGUCUUUGAGGUGUUCGGUCAUUAUCAGAAACAGGCCUUCCCUCCGCUCUGCAAAGAUCUGAUCAGUUCACUGAGACCUUCCAGGAGGCAGUUCCCCAGAGUGAUGCCCUUAUCUAAACCAGUGCCGGCCACAAAGCUCAGCACUCUGACUCGCUCCACAGCGGGACCUCGUCACGCCAAAUACGACCUCAUGGUCUUCUUUGAGAUCUGUGAGCUGGAGGCCAAUGGAGACUACAUCCCCGCUGUAGUGGACCACAGAUGUGGGAUGCCCUGCCACGGCACCUUCCUCCUACAUCAGGGCAUUCAGAGGAGGAUCACAGUCACCAUUGCUCACGAAACAGGAAAUGAUAUUGAGUGGAAAGAGGUGAAAGAGCUGGUUAUUGGUCGUAUUCGCAACACACCAGAGACUGAUGAGACCAUCAUAGACCCUAACAUCCUUUCUCUGAACAUCCUGUCUUCUGGGUACUUCUGGCCAAAACAUGAUGACAACGUCUCCUUGGGAGUUGAUCAUAGAACUUUCUACCGAUUUGAGGCAGCAUGGGACAGCUCGAUGCACAACUCUCUGCUUCUGAACAGGGUCACUCCAUACGGGGAGAAAAUCUACAUCACCCUCACUGCCUAUCUAGAGAUGGAGAACUGCACUCAGCCAACAGUGAUCACCAAAGAUUUCUGCAUGAUGUUUUAUUCCCGUGACACGAAGCUGCCUGCCUCUCGCUCCAUCAGAAACCUUUUCAGCACCGGCUGCCUCCGGCCCUCUGAGAGUAAUCGUGUCACAGGAGUUUAUGAAGUCACUCUCUGCCAUGUGGCCGACAAUGGAAGUCCAGGCAUGCAACGCCGUCGCAGGCGUGUGCUGGACACCUCAGUAGCAUAUGUAAGAGGAGAAGAGAACCUGGCUGGAUGGAGGCCUCGAAGUGACAGCCUCAUCCUUGACCACCAGUGGGAGCUGGAGAAGCUCAGCUUACUGCAGGAGGUGGAGAAGACCAGGCACUACCUGCUGCUGAGGGAGAAGCUGGAAGCAACUCUGCAGGCGGGACAGGAUGCGCUUUACAAGAGCAGCAACAUCAGCGACUUUGCAAAGAGUCCCGUCCUCAGUCACAGUCCCGGCAGCAGCCCUCUCCCCGACAGCCCCAACCAGAGGCAGAUGGAGCUGGCUGCCAAGUGUCUGCGUCUGCUGAUGCACACCUUCAACAGAGACUACAGCCAGGUGAGCAGCAGUGCCAGUGAGAGCAAGCUUUCUGAGAUGUCGGCAUCACUAAUGAGAGAUGACUCCUUGUCUGAACUGAGCACGCUCACUCCAUCCUCUACCUGCCCCUCACUGGUCGAGGGACACUAUGACAUUAGACACACUGAACCCAGUUCAGGAGCGUCCACCCCAGAUCUGGAUCCAUUCAGCCCAGUGGAUAGAAAGAAAGCUCUCCGAGGAUGCACCUUUGUUCCUGACAUACAGGAGAUUCGUGUCAGCCCUAUUGUGUCAAAGAAAGGUUACCUGCACUUCCUGGAGCCACACACCAGCGGCUGGGUGAAGCGCUACGUGGUGGUGCGGAGGCCCUAUGUCUACCUGUACCGCAGCGAGAGGGACAGCGUCGAGAGAGCUGUCAUCAACCUGUCAUCUGCAAAGGUGGAAUACAGUGAAGACAAACAGACCUUACUGCGGACGCCCAACACAUUUGCUGUGUGCACUGAGCACCGUGGGAUACUGCUGCAGGCCACUAAUGACAAAGAGAUGCAUGACUGGUUGUACGCUUUCAACCCUCUGUUAGCCGGCACCAUCAGGUCCAAACUCUCUCGAAGAAAGUCGCUCCAGUCUGUCCCGUCCGCUCAGAGGAUGUGAGAGGUGAAUGGGCCCGGUGGGAAAACAGCAAACAAAACAAUCUAAAAGCUCAAUUAACCAUCCUGCUCUACUGAUCAUAGGACCAUAUGAACAAACUUGCACAUAAAACCAUUUAACUACCCAUCUAUAUAUGACAUGACUGAAUCGCUCAUCCCAAACCCCAGCAAAACUGCACUUACUCUCUUUUUGCAGUCGACAUCUUCAACCCUGCAUGGUGCGCUCCCUCCUGACCCUUAGCAUUCAUAAGACAAACUAACCACCCAAACACAGUACUAAACUUACCUCUGCUGGGCAUUGGGACUAGUUCUGUUACUAUAUGGUCAGUCCCUCCAUCAUUUAUCAUAACUGAAUAUAAAUCCCAGUUGUAAACCAACUGCUCAUGUAUUUCUAAUGUCACGAGGUGAGUAGGGAAAUGAAAACAACCUGAAUGUUUCUCUAUGUGGAAGUGUGAUAAGUGCAGGGAUGAUACAGCCAUCAUACACACAUUGUACAUUACCUCAGUUUGGAAUGGUGUGGUGCUUGACAGCAUAGAGUUUGUUUCCCUGCACACUUUUCAGACAGCACAUCACCCAUUUUCACAUUAAAGUAGCAAGAGGAGGGAUUGGUUAGGACAUGUUGUGUCUGUGUCCUUUUCCUUUAACUGGUUCAAUGAAAACUGAGUUCAUGGGCUAGACUAAGGCAAAAUAAUCCACCACUGGGAGAGAACUCGUGUCCUCGUCUUGUUCUUCACAUAUGCUCUUUUUACAUAAUCAUUGUGCGUAUACCCAUAAAGGAAAAUGUUAUUUAUUGUUGCUAUUGUAGGUUCUCUGCACUGUUAUUGGUGACAGAACCACUGACAUGUUUUGUUGCAUGGCACUUUGUCUUUAUUAUAUACACAAGUUGUUUUAACCAAAGCAUUGUUUUCUUGUUGUUUUAAAUGCUGUGCAGAUAUGUUAGCAGACUAUCUGAGAAAUAACACAAUAUUAAAUAAUUAGUUUGACAUUUUGAGAAAUGCUUACUUGCUUUUUUGCCAAGAGUUAGGCAAGAGGAUUGGCAUUAGUAAUAUGGUGUCUGUAUGCUAUACUUGAAGCUAACAUCUGGUUAACUUAGUUUAGAACAAAUACUGGAAACAACUAUCCUGGUUGUGUCUGAGGGUAACAAAAAUCUGCCUACCGGCACCUCUAAAUCUCACUGAUUAGCAUUUCUUAUCUUGUUUAUUUAAUCCAUACACAAACUGACAUUUAAAAAUUACAUGUAGAUAUUAUGCCAGACUGUUUCUGAGCCAGGCACAGUGAUACUGGGUUCCCCCCCCCCCUCAGGGAACUUUGAUUAUAUGCAUCAUCUCUGUUUAUUUAACUUUUGGCAAGAAGGGGAUCAUUUUAUUUCCCAAACUGUUAAACUAUUCUUUUAAAUUGACCUAAGAUAUAAUAUUUUAUAUGGUAAAUACAUAUGGAGGAUGACUGUAUAGUACAUGUGUGUGGUUUAAUUUUGAUCAAACGUGCACUUUGUCUGUACAGGCCAGCAGAGUUGCUACAUACGUUGAUUAAUUAAGUCUCCUCUAGCAGCUAAAUGGGAAGUUGUAAAUGAUACAGGACCUGUAAUCUGUUGAGGGCAGUUACUUUGAGUGGGCAAGAGCUUUGUCCAUGCACCAGACAGUGCCUCCCUUUCUUCACCUCUUUUACUUCUCUCCCUCCUUCAUCAUUGUCUUUGACAUCAACACUGAAGUUAGUUACGUAUGUCCAAGGUUAAGCUUUGUCAAGUAAUAGUAGAUACUGAUCUUUUUUUUUAAAUAUAAAUAUUGAUGAUCUAUGUUGAUGUUUUAGAGAGUAAAUAUUAUCAAUGAUGCUCUAUAGUAUGUUUGUUUAGCCUGUAACAGUACAGUGCAUUGUAUUUCAUUAUCAUUAACUGUAAAUGUCACAUUUAAAAGCAGUUCCCUUCUUACUGUAGCUUUUGUACGGUAGCCACUUGAUAUUUGACAGUCUCAGAAACAAGUACAUUAUCUGUAAGUUAUGACUUUCAUGUCCAGAGAUAGUUCCUAGCUUUUGUCUGUUAUUUUGAACUGUACCAAGAUGACCCCAAACGUUGGUCCUGAAUAAUUAAUAUAUUAUGUAUGCAUACUGUAAUAUUUCAGUUGAAAGGAAUCUUAUUCAUACAUAUACACCUUCUCGACAUGGUCAGCCAACCAUCUUGUCUAUCCCAUUUUCCUCGUUUCCUGCAUGACUGAUUAUGAUGAUUUUAUUGCCAGACCUUACCCACAGUCAAAGUAUUUAGGACUCUAUAUGCCAACGGCCAACGAACCUGUUGAGCAGUGAAGCCUAAUACUUUAAAAUCUGUAUCUGAAUAAUACAAAGUUUGCAUUUACAUUUUUCAUUAGAUUGUUUGCAACUUGCAGCUUCUUUCUUUCUAUUGACAUCUUUAGCAUAGAAUUUAUUUUUUCCAGACUUUUUUGGGUCAUCUUGGUAUAGGUACUGUAUAUACACUGUACGUUGUCUGCUGGAACUGACGACAAAUGAAAAGUUGUACUCAUGAAGAUUUGAAGGAUGAUUAUGUUCUUAAAAUGUAUUGCACUCAUGCAUAAAGCAUCUUUUAUAUUUAUAUAUAAUUCCUUAUGAUGAGGUUUUAAGAAUGUACGGGGGGAACAUCGGGUUUGUUUAAAAACAUUAUGAGCCUGUCCUGAAAGUAGAUUAGAUUCUGAAAUGAUGCCACUAUACCAAAUUGAAUUUAUACACACACACUAUUUUUUUUCUUAAAUUUACAGCUGGCACAUGACUCGCGAUGCUUCCAGCCCUAAUAGUUCCAGGGUAUCAUGUUAAAACCACUUUGUGAGACAGUCUAGUCCAGUAAUCACUGAAAAUGGGUAGAUUGUUUUUUAUUUGGCUGCUUUUUUAACUGCCAUAGCUGUGGACCAAAGCAUGCAGGUCCACUGCUGCCGUCCCUCUCCUACCUUACCACUCGCUAAUGACAGCGGCUUUCCCCCUGAAGCGCUGCUUGUACAGUACUGUCAUCCACGAUCCUUGUACUGACUAACUGGAAACCUUCCUCUUGGCUCUGUCUUGUAUAUAAAUGGAGAUUUUCUGUGUUGGGUCUCAUCACACAGAUGAUAUUAACUCUCUCUUCCUGUGUAUACCGUGAUGAAUAAGAACAACUGGCCUGCUGCUUUGUCAAGUGUCGCCCCAGAGAUGAGAGUGCUGAUCAGGGAAUGGUUUUCAGCUCAGUGUGAGUCAGGUGGCCAUUAUGGACCAGGUAGAUGGUCCCAGCUCUGCACUCUUACUUGGAGCUGCUUGACAGAAGUGAAAACGGGCCCGUCCGUGAUGAAGUCUUAAUCUCAGUGCUUACGUUUAUCUUUUGAGUGUUCUGGAGUUCUCAUGUCUGUGGACACGUAACAAAAGUUGUGAAGAAAAUAUAAGGCAAAUAAAUGAGUGUUGAAACUUACGCAGCUUUAGUGUUCAUUUUUGUUAAUCAUUUCAAAUUUUACAUAGUGCCCGGUUUUAAGAAAUGCAUAACAAUUUAUAGUAAACCUCAUAAAACAGUAGAUGGACUAGUGCAUUCCUACAUGCCAUCUCCUGCUUUCAUGCCUCCUUAUCACUGAGAACAGAUGGGUGUUCAUGGCACUGAUUGUAAUCAGUAAUAUCUUUAGCCUUUUGUCAUUUAAAAUAUUGAGUUACAUUUCAGUUUGCCACAAGUGGAAGCAGAAUAACCUGGUAUUUAUCUGGUUUUGAAGUAGACUUUUCCUGAUUGACACCUAAUGUAAAUAAACCUGUUCUUGCUCUGUCAAA